CAAUGUCGACUUAUAAUGUACUGCAUUAGCGAUGCGUCUUGCCAGUCUGGUUCAUUUGCUAGCGCUUCCGCCAUGCAUAUGUACGGAAAGUUGUGCACGUUGUUUUUGCUGCUCGCUUGGUGUAACGUUGCGUUCACCCGACAAGUGGUGCCCAACAUACAAGUGUGUCCAGACUUUGCCGAGUUUGCCUUCACCUACGAGUGCCAGCCAACGUGCGCCGAGCGGAUCUGCACCAUCACGCCAACGUCGGUGAAGCGGGACGCCUGUACGUGCAAGCUGGGCUACAUCCGAGAGUACAAGAAUGGACCGUGCAUACGAACCUCCAGAUGUCCUCUGUGAGCAACGAUAGGGGAGGAGAUUGUUGUGCAAUGUUGGCGUCAAAUGUAUUAGAAAAAUGUUAAAUAAAUAGUAAAACCAA